GAAAUUAGAUGGAAGCAAUCAAAUAAAGUCCUGAUAUGCCACCCACACAAGAGGCGCCAUAUAUACACCCACCACAGAUCUGGGUGAGAGAUUGAUGAACAGUAAGACACUUGGAAUCCCAGCUAUAUUUAUCGACAAAACACUCUACCACCUCUCCUUAGGUAGGUAAAUCACCACUUCCAAAUUUGUUGAAUUUUCCUAUCGUUGUAGACACAGACCAGACAGAAAAGACAACCCCCACCAGAACCUGACAGCAACUGUACUUUUCGUAGAUAUCAUCCAAAGAAUCAGAACAGAAACGAAAAGCUGUUGUGAUCAGUCAUGGGGGCAGUGAAGGCAGCUAUUGGGGAUGCAGUGUUCACUUUCAUGUCGGUGUUUGUGUCUUCCAUGUUUGGUUUGUUUACAAACCUGAUAGUUACUGCUCUUGGCCUUCAAACCCUUGUCUGGGCUCCUGUGCUUGCUAAUACUUCUCUUAUCUUCACCUUUGUUUUCUUGUUUAACUUUCUUGGUGAAUUCUUAGGUGGUGCCACUUUUAAUCCAACUGGUACUGCUUCUUUUUAUGCUGCUGGGGUUGGUGGAGAUAGUCUCUUCUCCAUGGCCCUCAGAUUUCCUGCUCAGGCAGCAGGGUCUGUUGGAGGUGCACUGGCUAUCUUGGAGGUGAUGCCAGUGCAGUACAAGCACAUGCUUGGGGGGCCUACUUUGCAGGUGGACUUGCAAACUGGAGGCCUUGCUGAGGGGGUUUUGACUUUUUUAAUGACUUUUGCGGUUCUAGUAAUUAUCCUCAAGGGCCCUCGUAGCUCACUGGUGCAGGCAUGGUUUCUUGCCACUGUGACUGUAACAUUGGUCAGCGCAGGUUCUACUUAUACUGGUCCUUCCAUGAAUCCUGCAUUUCUUUUGAUUUCUGAUAGGAAGUAUUGUGGAGGCAUGCGAUGUGAUAGCAGGUGGAGAUGCAGUGAGUGUCAAUAGUUAGAGCAGAAAUCAACAAUACUGUGGAUGAUAUUACCCGUAUUAAACUCUUAUUGCUACCAACGGAGACAGGUGGAAACAGGGCAGAGCUGAAGCUCGCCAUGUGGGGAGGGUGGUGAAGUCCAGAUCAGAAUGGAUAGAAAAUAUAGAAGUCGGUAGUUUUCUUUGGUAUAUAUUGUCAGGAUAUAUGUGAUAGGUAAUCAGAGUAGUUUGAGAGAAAUUCAGCAACCUGUUCACACUUGCUGAUAUGCAGAUUAGUCUACAUAAACCACUCGAGGAUGCGGCAUUAGUCACUUUGUCGUAUGCUUACGAGAUUUUCUUUUUAGAGAGCGGAUACCUGGCAUACCUGGCAUCUUGUUUUUGUUAUUUGACGAGGUUAGAAUCAGCAGAUAUAUUUGCCGGAUGGGAACUGAGGGCUUUUAGAAUCUUGUUUUCUAGCAUUCAUCUUUCUUUCUUUUUAACGAGUGCUUUAUUUUUCUCUUAUGUUUAUC